AUGACCCGCUGGUUUGGUGUAAACGAAGAGGCGGAUUUCAAGCACAUAGGGAACAAACCGGAAUCGGAGCAUUCAAGCUGUGCAUCGAAGGUGGCUGCACACGUACAAUUAUGGACGACGCAGAUAGGGACAUCCCCAGAUGUGAAUUCCACGAGCAACAUAUGCCAAGAUUUAUGCCCCUCAUCUCAAGACAAGGAGAACCAUGAAAAGCAAGCGAAACAUAAAAAGAAACUCCUCAUAUAUGAUUUUUUCGCUAAAGAGGUUCCGAAAUCUCAGUCAUUUGUUGGACCAUCUGUUCUCUUGAAACGGUACACUGCUUGCGGUGAACAAGCGAUUGGUCUGGAAUGUCUUCAUGAGCUGUAUUUCUCGUUCAAUUCGGUGCCUUGGUGGGCGUGUUCAAUUUGCUAUGAAUCAGGUGUGCUUACGGAACAAGCGGAUAUGCACCUUUUUUCAAGAGGUCAUAUUGAAACAUAUUUGGAUGAAUUCCAUUCUUCCAAAUUUUCUAAGGCAAGAUUUGUUGGAGAUCCACUCAAGGCUUUCAGACGAGAAAAUCUAGCACCUGAGUGCUUAGUCAUGGAUUCUAGUAUCACACUAAGUGGAGCUAUGGCAAGACUUGUUCAAUUUGAACGUGCAGUUUUGCCAGAAGUGGUCGCGCUCAGGAAGCCGUUUAGUUGGAGAAUGGAAAAGGAUCGUAGUUAUGGGCCAUUAUGUGGAUUGAAGUUUUUGGUUGCAUUCAACAAAGGAUAUUUUUGUCGACUCUGUUGCACACCUGUUGAAUCAGUCGAAAACCACUUCUCCAGCGAAUAUCACAUCAUGGAAUUUUUGACCGUGUUAUAUCCUGUGGAGAUGUACCAAGCUUUGCAGUACGGUCGAAUGUCUCGAAUGAGGAAGGCUGUGGAACUAAUUUCGAGAGCAACGUUUCGUUUGGAGAAUGAAAAAAGUCGCAGAGUUCAUAUUGACUGGUUCCCUCAAUGUCUAGCGGCGGUUUUGAAGCCGGAGUCGCAUGUCUUUCCUGCAGUUAUGCCAGCACUUUCACCUCUUGGACGUGACUCAAAUUGCUUGUUUUGUCAAGUCUGCCUAUUAUGUUUGAACGUUGCAAAAGACGUCAAAGAUGGUGGAGAAACACUUUGGAAUGCUCACUGUGAAGAGUUGUCGCACUUUGAAUUUGCUGUUCGAAGAGCGUGCCUCUUUUUCGAUGAAAAGUUCUUCGUACCGAUAUCGUCGAAGGUGCCGAAGGCUCCAAGAAUGCUGCAUGGUCAUUGGUGUGAAGUAAAGCAUUCGAAUAAUCGAAGCCUUCUUUCGAUGAUAUUGGUGCAAAAGAAAGCAAGAGCAAGUCGUGAAUUGAUGCUUGAAUGGCUGCAACGAUCUUCAUGUGAUGAACGUGAUGAGAUGCGUUCAUAUUCUCCUGAAAUUGCGAUCCGCAUGCUACAUUGGGGAAGCAUUUCUAUUCGUAAAGUUGAUGCGACUUCUUAUGGUUCUGAGCUUCGUCCAGCAUUUGAAUGCCUCAUGACGAUGGUUGAUAAAGUGGCAAGAGAUAACGUGGAGAAUUCGGUAAUCUCUGUCAAAGAAGCCUUAGACCUUGCAGGAGUGAGAAUUCUGGAAUUGAAACGAAAGAUCGGAAAAGUUGAAAGGAUGCUUUGUCGAUGCACGGUCAGUUUGUCCGAUAACAAUGCCCAUGUAUAUAGUAUUAGUUGCACAAAAUUCUGGAGUUUUGGAAGCGAUGAAUUCGUUAAAGGUAUUUUUUGCGUCAUCGUGGUUGGUGAAGCAUUUCUUGCCCAGAAAGUUGUCGAGGUGCUUGAAGAAGUGAUGGUCGGUAGGCGAGAGGUCUGAAAGGCCGCUCUUGAGAAUUCGGUAACGAUAAUUGAAAUGCCACCGAGUAAUCUAAGACGCCAACUAGUUCGUAACCGCCUAUACGACCGUCUAUGUGCAACGCAAAAUUGCAUGAUUUGCCCCAGUGGUAGAGAUGGUGACUGCAUGAGUUCGGGUACAGUCUAUCUGAUCUCUUGUAAAGCGUUUGAGGACGAAUACGUUGGGGAAGCGGGUCGACCACUCUGCAAGGUGGCGUGGCAAUGGAACGCGGUAAAGAAAGCGCAUGAAUUUGUGCUAACAGUGAUUGGACUCGAAGACUUAGUCGAAAGACGCAGCAGUGAGACAAUCGGUACUCACUCUCCCGACUUCUUCUGCAGACUAUGUGCUCUUGUGAUACCUCGCCAGUCCUCAUCUCUAGAGGCUCACGUCCGGUCUCUGCAGCACGUCUUAUUUUUUGUGCACAAAUACCAUCCUGACAUAAUCAUGGAGAUGGAUUCAUUAGCGGAAGGUGGAAUGCAGAUGCGCAAAAUUCUUGCUCAGCUUUUAAAGCGCCACGAACCAAAAAGUUUGCACUGUAUCCCUAUUUAUGAUCCCGUUGGCGAGCAAAAAAGGAAAGCUGUUAUUGCCAUGCAGAGAGCAAAAGAUGCGGAACGCCACCGUCAGUUGCCAGAAGUUAAGCAUGCAGAACAACAGCGGCUGAGGAACGAAGAGAAGCAUCGAAAACAGUGUGAGGUUGAAACUCAUCAAGAGGAAAGAAAGCUUGCUGAGCGAGGUCGCAAGGAAAAAGGGAUUCAUGGGCGUACUAAACGCCCUGAAGAAGAAGUUAACAUGCUGAACCUACAUAAAGAGGCUGCUCGUAAAGCGAAGGACGAAAAGCAAACUAUGGAAGAGAGUGAGAGAGAAGUUAUGGAAGCAGAACGUUUAAGAAGGCAAGAUGAACUUCGCAUGCUACUAGUUCAAGAAAAGCAGCGCUUGAAAGCUCUGCAGGUGAAGGAAGCAACCCAACGUCACCUUUUGGAAGAAAAGGAUAUGCUUGAGCGAAAAAUACAUGAACUGGAAAGAUGUCAUGAAGAUACCGUUGUGCUACAUAAAAUUCCCGCUCUUGAGCAGGAUUCCAGAUCCUCUUUUCAUAUGGGAGGACAUCCAACCUAUCCCAUUAACAAACCACGUGAAUUACAUCAGCAGUUAUGUUUUCUGGGACCUGACUCGCCAAAUAUGCGCAUUGGUCCAGUACUACCUCCCACUCCUCCAUUCAGUAUCUCGCCUAGCGGAAUGUGGAAAUCUCAGGAAAGCGUUUCACAAACAGUAUCUAAGCCAUUCGUCCCAAUAGCUAGCACUUCUGAGGAACAAACAAGAGUAAAAGAGGCUAGAACGGUCAUUGGUUUGAAGGUUAAACAGUCAGAGCUUGUAUGCCAAGAUACGACAUUUCGCCCAUCUCUUCGGGACAGAAAAGUGGAUCCAUAUAUUUCAAACGGAAAUAUAAUUCAGACUCGAGAUCAGCUUGUUGAUUUUAUUUGGAGACAGGGAGCAGAGCGUAUUCCAAUUAACGAAUUGCCCGUUAAAUUCAACCAGAAAGCGGCCGAAAUCGAAGGUGUGCUUGGAAUUGAUUCUCUUUAUGAGGUGGUCUGUGUGGAUUGUUCUGAUUUGGACACAUUUUAUUGCUCUAUGUGUGGAGUGUGGACCACGCCCAACGAUAUGUUUGAACAUUUGGAGACUACCGGUCACAAAUUGGCUUAUUUGUUUCGCAAUUACAAAAUGUACCAUCAAACGAUUGUAUCAGAGUCGAACUUUCUUGCUCGAUCUGCCAUGCUUAAUCAGUUCGCCAUAAAAAUUUGGAAGAUGGAACAACCACCAGGAAAAGUUUCUAACCGUUUACGAUCUUUACUCGAUCGUGCAACGAUUGAGCGAAUCUGGCCCGAAUGUACCACCAUUCUCGAUCAUUCUUGGAAGGACGAAGGUAUAACAGUAGGUCGUGUUGAAGUGCCGCCACCCAUUUCCAAGAAGGUAUUGAACCUAAUUGAUGAGGAAUCUGUUAAGUUGAAAGAAAAAGAAAAAUACAAGGACAAAAAGCAGUUCGUGGAAAGUAUCAGUGUGAAAAAAAGAGAUAAACAUUAUCCCAUUCCCAAGAAAAGAGGGAAGGAAAAAGAUGAAAGAGAAAAAGAGGAAAGCCUUCAUUCGAGAAAGCAUCUGCCAACAUUCGAAAAGCCGAAGCAAGGGAAUAAUCGAAGGCAAACAUCGCCUGAUCGAAAACGUCAUCGUAGCCGAAGUCUGGAAAGGCGCUUGUCGUGGGAAGCAAGUGCUGCUGCUUUUCUGACAAAGCUCGGUGAUCGGAAAGGUGCAGCGCUUGUAUCGCAGCCAUCAGGUAAUACUAAUGUUGUUGAUGAGAAGCUGAAACAGUGGAGAAACACUACAGAAUCACAGCCUACUGCGCACACCUCUUCAAUGGUGAAGGAAUUUUUGGAGCAUCAAGAGCGUUUAAAGAAAUUACAAGAGUUAAGGACGAUCACUGAGUCCGAUGAGAAAGCCCAGAUGCGGAAGUUACUAGGUGUGCUCAUCACCAUGCAACAGGAAGCGGAGAGGUGUGGUAGCUUAGAUAAAUCUAUGGUCGAUAAACUAUACAAAGAGGUGGGUCUGAAGAAGUCUAUAGACUCUAGUGAUCAGCUUCUUGCUCAGCUCUGUUCGCAGAUUUCUCAAAACAAUGAGACCAGUAAUAGAGCGGCAAUCGAACUUCAGUCAUUUGGUAUAAUUAAUCCAGAAAAUUUGCCGUUGCAAACAAGUUCUUCGAUCCUUGGUGGUGGAUUCUUUAAUUCUCAACCGCACCAUCUCACACCGCAAUCGGCUCGUCCAUCUCUGACACAAACUCUUCUAGAUGAGGUGAAACGUUCACUAGGCAAGCUAGAAUCGGCAAGGCAACUAUCGCCAAUCGUGAGGUCACCACCGUUUGUCAUCACUAAUCGAGACGAUAUGUUCCAAGGAACCGAGACAAUCCCAUAUAUCUAUCCAGGUUCAAAUUCCAUUGGAGCUAGUGAGAGCACUAAUCAAACAGGACUUGCAUCCAACGCUAGAGCCGCGUUGCCAUCUUCUGUUACUACUCAGGAUGAAAAGGCGUCAGGAAGUCGUGAACAGUUAUUCGAAAAUAGUAAGCAACUUAGAAAACAGGCCGCCGAAGAGAAUGUUGGUGGUAUCGAUGAUGAUGAUGAUUGGGAUUGUUUGGCCGAGGUGAUCAGUGGACCUUCACCAUUCAACGUCGACUUUGGAAAAUCUUCGAAAAUGCAUAGUAACUACAAACGUGAUGACGAAAAUAAUUUGAAGACACCUAUUGCAUCUGGCCAGAAGAUGCCGUUAGCGAGAACGAUCCUUCCCAACGGGGAAGCAUUGCCAAGUGCUACAUCUAUGCAGCAUGAAAUUUCGAAACAAGAAGAAUCGAGUAUGGAACAAAGUAGAAGUGGUUCAGCAUUUCAGGAAAUGUCGACACUCGCGUCGAAUCGCUUGUAUCUAUUCAAGAACACCGAGCGAAGUCACAUGAUUCGGGAUGCUCUUAAAAAGAAGUGCGCUGAGAAAUUGAGAGAGAAACGAAUGAACCAGUUCGCAUCCCGACGUAACAUGGAGUGUAUUGUGCGCGAAACGGUUAGUGCGGAGGUGAAAUCAGAUUUUGGCGAUUUGGAUGAGAAUGUGUUACUCGAGUUGUACGAGUCGAUAACAAAUUCCCUUAUUCAAGAACAGUAUGAAGAUAUUCAUCGUACUGAAGAGGAACGGCUAGCCGCUGACGUAGACGAGUUUAUGAAUCCUUCAGUAUACUGUCCGUCAUGUUUGCUUUCGCCGUUAUCCGUUGACGAAAGGUCCGCCAAAUGUCAGGCACGUAAUUUGAGCCCUAGCUUUGAAACAGUAUAA